UCCUUCUUACGAACACGGCGCGUUCUUUUAAAUAUGACCGGCUCCCAGCUCACCCCACUUCUUCUAGGCAUUUCUUUCUACCUCUGGAGGAACGACAGCGUGAAUUCAGACUCUGCGUAGACCACGGAAGAAACCUGUUAGAAACACGCACGCCUCAAUGCGAGUGUAUCUGCUACUGCAUCAAUCCAGCCAAUGUAGGAAAGUGUUGCAAUCGGUCAGGGAUACCAACCAAGAGUUGUCCGCUCAACUACAGUGCCUCUGGGAAGACCCCUCAGACAGGAAUCUCGACAUAUCUAGUUACCUUCUGGCACCAAUGUCUAACUCGGUAUCAUCUGCUCAUCCGACAAGUUCUGCAGUUUUCCGACCCACUCGCACUAACGUUCGGCCUAUUUUCUGCACUGCGACUGGCGUUGUCUCUUCCCACAGAGCAUGCGGGUUAGGAGUCAAUAGGGCAUGCGCUGGCGUAUGCGGAGCAAAUAUUGGAAGGGGGAAUGAGAUGCUACGAGAUCGGGAGAGCCAGGCGAGGUUUGGUGAGGUGAGCAACGAGCUAAGGAUAGGCAAGGACCUCUCCCCGUUCACGAACUCAAAAUCCAUCCGUCACGCAACCACACGCUCUAACGCUGCUCACAUCCACGUUCGCCGUGCCUAUCCACGGUGCAUGGAUAUCCUCGUACUACGUGCUUCGAACGUCAGCGAAGCACGUGUGUGGACAGAAGCAGUCGCACAGUCAGUUGCGAAGGCAAGGGAGGGUAUCGUGGUGGUUGUCAGUGAUUCGAGGUGGGUUCGGACCUGCCAUUGUUGGUGUGGGGGAUGGGACACAUUCCAGUUGGUCUGCUCAGACUGGAUAAUAUUGGGGUUUUAGGGGACAUACGGACUUGCCAUG